GCCAUUCCUUCCUGGAGACAGAAACAUUUAACAAGGAUAUUUACAGACUGGAGAGAUGGAGUAACUGUAGAAACAUCGAGACUAGUCGGUGUCUGCUAUCAAUAUUGACAUUAGAGGUGCAUACGUCCUGGGUAUCUAUCUACAUUUGACGUCAUUUGAUCCCUGGAAGGACAGCGCACCUCAGAAGCACAGAGCAGAAUAAAGGGUCUGCUGGACACGCAGUUGGAGUGUGUGAAUCAACAGAUGCAGCUCACAGAACCACACCUCCCAGGAUUUACGUGGCAUUCAUACUCUCCAAUAUAGUCCAUUCAAAACACAGGCUCCAGCGACCCUGGGAGGUUCAGAUGAAGAAAGACAGGCCACAUAAGGUGUAAACCCUUUGUGGUCCUAGGCCAAAAGGUGUGGUGAAGAACAUUGCUUUAGGGAACACCUGCCAUGGCUGUGGGUAUGACGGCCAGACCCUUCAACUUCUAUUAAUUCCGUCUUGAGAGGAAACUCAAAUCAUAAUGGCUGCUGAGUAUAUCCUAUGCAAUUGGAAAGGCCACAUUUGGCCAGCAAAGGUUUUGUCCAGAUCUGGGAUCUCACCAAAAUAUAUGAGGAAAAGAGCACUUUCUCUAGAAGUUCAAAUACUCUCAGUAGGUAAAAAAAUUAAAGUGAAAAGCACAGACAUAAAGAUCCUAAAUGAGUCUCAAAUUGAAUCCAUUACCUCCUUGCUAGUGGCCCAGUCAAAGGCCAGUGUUCCACCAGGACAGAAAGUGGCCUACAGAAAUGCUCUUACAGUGGCACUGGAGAUCCUGAAUAAGAGAGCAAAUUUCGGUCCAGCAAGAGCAUCAGAUGGUCUAGAGACCACUACACCAUCUCAAAGGGGACCACAAAAGCAAGCUCAUAAAAAGUACCAGAAGCCUAAAGGUACCUUACUGAGGAGUCUUAGGAAAAGAAAAAACCUCAAAUCGCUGCUGGUGUGUUCACAGAAUAAAAACGCCCCAGACAGUGGCCGAUCACAGGCGCACACAACCAUCACGCAUACUCUAAGGGAAAGGCGAGCAAAGUCCUCACGAAGCUGCAGCAUGUGCUCAAAGUUCCCAUCACUUUCGGAAGAUGAUCAUAAGACAGGAGGCCGACCACACGCACACACAAUGGUCACACGUACUCUAAGGGAAAGGCGAGCAAAGGCCUCGCGAAGCUGCAGCGUGUGCUCCAAGUUCUCAUCACUUUCAGAACAUGAUCAUAAAACAGGAGGUCAACCACACGCACACGCAACAGUCACGCGUACUCUAAGGGAAAGGCGAGCAGAGUCCUCGCGAAGCUGCAGCGUGUGCUCAAAGUUCCCAUCACUUUCAGAAGAUGUUCAUAAGACAGGAGGCCGACCACACGCGCACACAACGGUCACGCGUACUCUAAGGGAAAGGCGAGCAGAGUCCUCGCGAAGCUGCCGCGUGUCCUCAAAGUUCUCAUCACUUUCGGAAGAUGAUCAUAAGACAGGAGGCCGACCACACGUGCACACAAUGGUCACGCGUACUCUAAGGGAAAGGCGAGCAAAGUUCUCGCGAAGCUGCAGUGGGUCCUCAAGGUUCUCAUCACUUUCGGAAGAUGUUCAUAAGACAGGAGGCAGACCACACGUGCACACAACGGUCACGCGUACUCUGAGGGAAAGGCGAGCAGAGUCCUCGCGAAGCUGCCGCGUGUCCUCAAAGUUCUCAUCACUUCCGGAAGAUGAUCAUAAGACAGGAGGUCGACCACACGCGCACACAACGGUCACACGUACUCUAAGGGAAAGACGAGCAAAGUCCUCGCGAAGCUGCAGCGUGUCCUCAAAGUUCUCAUCACUUCUGGAAGAUGAUCAUAAGACAGGAGGCCGACCACAAGCACACACAAUGGUCACGCGUACUCUAAGGGAAAGGCGAGCAAAGUCCUCACGAAGCUGCAGCAUGUGCUCAAAGUUCCCAUCACUUUCGGAAGAUGAUCAUAAGACAGGAGGCCGACCACACGCACACACAAUGGUCACACGUACUCUAAGGGAAAGGCGAGCAAAGGCCUCGCGAAGCUGCAGCGUGUGCUCCAAGUUCUCAUCACUUUCAGAACAUGAUCAUAAAACAGGAGGUCAACCACACGCACACGCAACAGUCACGCGUACUCUAAGGGAAAGGCGAGCAGAGUCCUCGCGAAGCUGCAGCGUGUGCUCAAAGUUCCCAUCACUUUCAGAAGAUGUUCAUAAGACAGGAGGCCGACCACACGCGCACACAACGGUCACGCGUACUCUAAGGGAAAGGCGAGCAGAGUCCUCGCGAAGCUGCCGCGUGUCCUCAAAGUUCUCAUCACUUUCGGAAGAUGAUCAUAAGACAGGAGGCCGACCACACGCGCACACAAUGGUCACGCGUACUCUAAGGGAAAGGCGAGCAAAGUUCUCGCGAAGCUGCAGUGGGUCCUCAAGGUUCUCAUCACUUUCGGAAGAUGUUCAUAAGACAGGAGGCCGACCACACGCGCACACAAUGGUCACGCGUACUCUGAGGGAAAGGCGAGCAGAGUCCUCGCGAAGCUGCAGCGUGUCCUCAAAGUUCUCAUCACUUCUGGAAGAUGAUCAUAAGACGGGAGGCCGACCACAAGCACACACAAUGGUCACGCGUACUCUAAGGGAAAGGCGAGCAAAGUCCUCACGAAGCUGCAGCGUGUCCUCAAAGUUCUCAUCACUUCUGGAAGAUGAUCAUAAGACAGGAGGCCGACCACACGCACACACAACAGUCACACGUACUCUCAGGGAAAGGCGAGCAGAGCCCUCGCGAAGCUGCAGCGUGUCCUCAAAGUUCUCAUCACUUCCGGAAGAUGAUCAUAAGACAGAAGGUCGACCACAUGCACACACAACGGUCAUGCGUACUCUAAGGGAAAGGCGAGCAAAGUCUUCACAAAGCUGCAGCGUGUCCUCAAAGUUCUCAUCACUUUUGGAAGAUGUUCAUAAGACAGGAGGCCGACCACACACACACACAACGGUCACGCGUACUCUAAAGGAAAGGCGAGCAAAGUCCUCGCGAAGCGGCAGUGUGUCCUCAAAGUUCCCAUCACUUUCAGAAGAUGAUCAUAAGACAGGAGGCAAAGGAAAUAGGGACACCUCAAGAGGUAUGUCUUUGCAUCGCACAGUCAAAGAGAAGGGUACAAGUGCUAAAGAUGGAGGCGUCCUUCCACCUUUGUCACCAAGCUUCAACCUCACUUUGCCCAAAGCUCACAAAGAAGGGGCACAUGACACCUACCCAAGGACCCUGGCUGUCUCCUCUGAAAGCUCUGCCUUCUCGGGGAAUGUUGAGGACCAUGGAGAGGUUGCCUGGAAGCCAGGCUUGGAAGGUGCAGCAGCAUCCUCCAGUGCCCCUAACCAGAGGCGGUGUUAUUCACUCGGUCUGGCAAAUAGAAAAAGGAAGCUGCAGGUGACAGAGUUUGAGAAAGGGCUGCAAGAACUUCAACCUUCAGUCAACUCAAAGGCUAUUAACCCCACCACCACUAUUAAAAAGAAUGCCAACAAAGAAAUGGGACAAGUGGCAAGCAUGGGUUUUCCACAAGAGCCUUGUCCCAUUGAAGGAGGAAUGAUGGUCUGGUUUAAAUUUCAGAAUCACCCAUUUUGGCCUGCAGUAGUAAAGAGUGUCAGCCAAACAGAGCAGACUGCAAGGGUGCUUUUGGUUGAGGCAAACAUGCACUGUGAAAUGAGUGGCAUUCGAGUUCCUCUUCGAAGAUUAAAGCACCUGGAUUGUAAAGAGAAAGAAAAACUAAUAAAGAGAGCCAGGAAAUUGUACGAGCAAAGUGUGAACUGGUGCUUCUCCCUGAUUGCCCACUACAGAGAAAGGCUCAGGCGAGGUUCUUUUGCAGGCAGUUUCCUGGACUAUUAUGCUGCUGACAUCAGUUACCCAAUUAGGAAAGCCAUCCAAGACAGGGAUCUGGAGAUUGAUUUCCCAAAGGUGAAUUAUGCCGACCUGGAAGAUUCUGAGGAGGAGACCUCCCUGGACGGGAAGAAGCCCUGCAAGAAAAUUCUCCCUGACCGGAUGAAGGCUGCUCGGGACCGAGCCAACCAGAAGCUAGUGGACUUCAUCGUGAAAACAAAGGGGGCCGAUCACCAUCUUCUGGACAUUGUCCAAGGCAGGAAACAGUCCAGGUGGCUGGUAUCAUUUAGGAAUUCGAGCAGGUACGUGAUCUGCGUUGAAACAUACCUGGAGGACGAAGACCAGUUGGAUGUGGUGGUAACACAUUUACAAGAAAUCUACAAACAAAUAGACAAGAAAACGCUGAAUCUGGUAAGGGAUGACAAAGUGAGUUUUGUUCUGGAAGUUCUUCUGCCAGAAGCAAUCAUUUGUUCAAUUGCUGCACUUGAUGGAUUAGAUUACAAGGAGGCAGAAAAAAAGUACCUACAGGGGCCACCUGUGCAUUACCGGGAAAAAGAGCUAUUUGAUAAAAAUAUCCUAAAGAAAAUAAGAAAGAGAUAAACAACAAGGAGCAAGACUAAUUAACUCCCCCUGUACCCACACUUUAGCAGGAAGACCUCUCAUUACCCUGUCUGUAUGAAAUGUGUGAUCGUUCCGCUCUCUAUGGCAUGUAAAUAUGUUCUGGAAAUUUGAGACCUUGGGAAUAUGCUGGAUUCAUUUUGGAUCCAUCUCUAGCACUUGUGGGUAGCACGGUCAUCAUCUUUUCUAGUACCCAAAUGCCUCACAAACUAAUUUGUUAAAAUAUUGCAAACAGUUGUACUUCCCUCUACUUGCUUGGAUGUGUAACUGUCCAGAUGUUUUCCUAACAUGGCUUUUAACCGUACUUCAUAUUUUAAUAUAGCACACACACAUUAUUUUAUUACAUGAAAGAGCACUGGUAUCAAACAUUAAACAACAAUCAUUUUUAAAAUCCAAGAUAGUGAUUUGUGUGUGUGCAAAAUUUUCAAGUUAGCUGUUUUGAUUCACAAUAAAACCACUGUAUCUUUCACCUUGAA